CACCCAUAUCCGACACUCCCUCACCAUCACAACCUACCUCCCACACGCGCAGCCUCCAAACCGCACCACCACCACAACCUCUGGACCGCAUAAUUAGUGAUCUCACGUAACGCGACACGACCUGUCCAGUCUCACUUUCUUUUCGACCUUUCUGCUGUCUCCAAGCUCGUAUUCGAUCACGCUCACCUUCCUCCCAUCACAAUCUCACGAUGAAGUUCAGUCUGGCAGCCGUUACCGCGCUCCUUGCCGUCGCUCAAACUGUGACCAGUACGGCAGUGAUUACUCAACCGGUCGCAUCCACGGACAAGAACGGUGGCAGUCGCCUCACCAUUGAGUGGCACGACGACAACAAGGCCCCCACGCUGAAGGACUGGGGAGACAUCAACAUCUACCUCGCUGCUGGAUCCCAGAACGUCCAAUUCAAGCUCCAAGAAGUGGCUGCUGGCGUCAAGAGCACCGCUACUUCGAGACGUUUCAAGAUUGACCCUAGCAUCGGCGAGACUGGACAGUACUACUUCAUCCGCAUGGAGGGCACCAAGCUCGGAGCCAACAACCUCCCGCCCAUGUCCUUCUCUGCCCGUUUCAAAUUGGACAAGAUGACUGGUCACUUCAACUCAACCGUCCUUGCGGCAGCGAAGGGCCAGGAGGGCGCUGCAUCUCCUACUGCCGGCGCGGCAAAGGUGUCGUCUACCUCGACUCUCAGCACUCAGAGAGCCUCUGCGACCCCUCUCACCGGCAGCGCUUCUGCCAACCGUAGCUCUUCUAACACCUCGGGCUCGAGCUCGGCUGCUGGAAUUGUCUUGCCCGCUCACUUCUUGAGCGCAGCUGCCGGUAUCGGAGCUGCGGCUGUGGGAGCCGUGAUGCUCUUGUAAAGACAGAGACGGAGCCUAGUGCCAAAAUUUCUCUGGUCAUCUACAAACGCCUGGUCUAUCCUUGAUUCGUCUCUCUCAUCUUGGUUCCUGGUCAUCCAUGCAUCCCUCUAGUACACCGGUCCGACGGCAUCAGUCCCCAUUUCGAAGCUCGUGGCUCUGCGACGUCCGCACAUUUGCGCACACACACUCUCCCUCUUCUCCAUGGCGCAGACUACCCGCCUUGUCUUUCGCGGAUAACAAUCGUGCAUCCAACGUCUGACCGCAUCGCUUGACACACCACGACUUCCGCUCGACGCUUUCGCUUGUGCAUGCCCAUCCACUACUGCCAGCUGUACAUAGCUCGUCCUCUCUAUACUCCCUUCGCAGUCGCUCUCGCACGAGAGCCUUGCCCUUGCAUCUUUCCGUUGACCGGAAAGACCCACCGCAAUAACAUCCAACGCUCUCGCGCAACCAUGAUCACGGUCGUGUGAGUGCGAUUUCAUGGG